GUCGAUGCCGGGCAUCAAUCCGCGAAGCGUCGUCGAACAUGAAGAUUCCAGCACUGCUCGCAACGUGCCUCUUCGUCUGGGGGUCCGUGUCCGCCAGCGAUGGUCACCACGGUGGCAAGGGCAUUCCGUUACUCGAGAUGGCAAAAGGUGGCGCGUCAAUCACCUUGUCGGCGGCGGUGUCCGCGAAGGCUGGUCUCCGAGCUGGACAGGUAGCCGAAGCCUCGCAGAAGGAAGCCGCAAUUCAAUCGGGAGCCGCCGCGGGUGAAGCGGCUAAGGCGCGUGGUUUGGCCGAUCAAACGGCGAAGCUGAGCGAACAAUCCGCGAUGCUGCAGUCCCAGGCUGCUGCUAAGUCGAAGGCCGCCGAGGAAGCUGCAACAGCAGAGCAAAACGCACAGUUAGAGGCUAGAGCAAUCGCGGCGCAAGCCACCGCCGCGGCUAAGGAAGCUGCGAGCGGCGCGAGAUCGGCCGCCGAAGCUGCAUCGACCGCGGCCCUCGAAGCCGCGAUAGCCGCGAAGGCUGUACAGGUACAGGCUGCCCUUUCGCUUAAAUCCAAGGAGAAGGCAAUGGAAGCAGCCAACAAAGCUGCAGCCGCGAGCAACGCCGCGAAAGCAGCAGCGCAAGCCAACAGAGCCGCUGUAAUGAUCCUCGCAAAGGCAACAGCCGCGAAAGCUGAAGCCAGAGCAGCCAUGGCAGCUCUCGCCUCCGCUAAAGUGGCCGCUAGGGAUGGUGCCAAUAGCGCCGCCGAAGCUGAAGCAAGAAACGAGGUUGCCCAAUUGAUCGCCGCCAUCGAUCAAAAGAGCAGAGAGAUCGACGCCGGUCUAUCGAUGAAGGCACAGGCAAUUGCCAAAUCCAGCGCCAGGAACAAUGAAGCCGCUGUGAUAGGGGCCAACAUCGACUCAGCGAAGAGAAUCGUGAAGGUGCCGCAGAAAGUGAUCAUUCCUAAACAUGAAUCGUCCUGGCAAUCGUCUAAGGAGGAGAAGAUCGAGGUUGACGUUAAACAGGUUGACGUUAAGAACGUCCAUAGCGAAAGCAGCGGCUCCUGGUCACAUUAAAGAGGGAAUUCCUUUAGGGAGCUGAACGAGUCUCGAGUUACGAGAAGUUUGAACAAUGCUACUUGGGCGUUGUAGAAAAUGCAAUUUAGAUAUUUCGCUAGAGGAAAAAAAAAAAUAACAUAACGUGUCAAUGAUGCCUAUAGAAAGAGAUUGUAACGAUGAAAAUAAAUUGGUUUAGCAUGUACAAAGCCCUAUGGUGUUGUUCCUUUGCGUUGCCUCUUCGGUAUUCUCGUACAAGAGAUGAAAUUCAAUUUUAAUUGUAUUGUAUGAUGAUGAACUGGAUAAUUAGACUCUCGUAUAUUCUGUUCUUAAAGCUCCCAUUUCUCCUCGUUUAAUCAGAUGGUACUCUGUACGUAGCUCUGACUAUUAUGUUCAUAUUUUUCUUUCGAAAUUAAAUAAAUGAUUAUCAGUAUAA